UCGCGGUAGAUAUUACAACCGCGCCAGGCCAAACAUGAUUUUGCCCAAUAUGCCGGUUUUGUGUUGCUUGCUUUUGGGUUUGGCAUCAGUUGCUUUUGCUGAUCCUAUCGUUUCAAUUCCAAACGGAGAAUUGCAAGGUUUGCAACUACAAUCACCAGAGCUGAAUGAGUUUUAUGCUUUCUUAGGGGUCCCAUAUGGACAACCGCCAAUAGGAGAUUUGCGUUUCGAGAGUCCUCAACCAGCUCUCCCAUGGAAUGGAACACUUGACGCUACUCAGGAAAGAGAUGGAUGCCUUCCACUUAGCAAUUACAGUUUUUAUCCUAAUCCGGGACCCAAAAGCGAAGACUGUUUAUAUCUAAAUAUAUAUACGCCGCAAUUAAAUCAAUCCGCCAAUUUGCCAGUCAUGUUUUGGAUUUUUGGCGGUGGAUUCGUAGGUGGAAGCAAGGAUUACAGAUAUUUCGGGCCGCAAUUUCUCCUCGUAAAUGACGUGAUUGUAGUCACAAUUAAUCACAGACUAGGUCCUUUCGGGUUUUUAUCUACCGCUGAUAAUGUCAUAUUGGGAAAUAUGGGUUUGAAAGAUCAAAAUCUUGCUCUUCAGUGGGUGCAGUCCAAUAUAAAAUAUUUCGGUGGCGAUCCUCAGAAAGUAACGGUUUUCGGAGAAAGCUCCGGCGGACAAUCUACAGGGCUUCACAUUCUAAGCAAAAAAUCUAGAGGGCUGUUCAGAGCUGCAAUAUGUCAAAGUGGUUGCUCGAUCACUGAUGGAUUUCAACCCGACCCAAAGACUUAUGCGUAUGCGGUGGCUCAACAAAUCGAUGAAACCAUAACUGAAAAAAACUCCUCUUUAGAAUUAAAGAACUUUUUGUUGAAGCAACCCGCAGAAACCCUAGUAAUAGCCGCAAAAGCAGUAGGCACUUCUGGUAUUAGACCAGUUCUUGAAGUAGAAGACGAUGAAGCUUUUUUGACACAACCGUUCUAUGCACUUGUAGAGGCAGGAGAUAUAAAUCCUGUCGCACUUAUUGUUGGAGCUACGUCUGAAGAAGCUCUUGGUUUUAUUGGUAAUGAAGACCAACUUGCAGGCGUUGCCGAGGGUUAUGACGAAGAUUGGUCAACAUUAGUUCCUAGACAUUUAAGACCGAUAGAAGGUUCAAAUUUGACUGAGAUAGGCGAACUUAUAAAGAACACCUACGUUGGCGUAAACGGAACGUUCGCUGAUGAUCUUGUCGCAACCCUUGAAUAUUACUCAGAUAACAUAAAUGUCAAAGCUGCUAUAAAGAUGGCUCAGCUACACUCAGCCUUCAACCCGGCUUAUUUAUUCCAAUUUUCGUUUUACGGAAGUAAGGCCCAAGGACACUACAAUAUUGAGGGAGGUGGAAAAGCGGGACAUUUUGAUGAUGUACCGUAUGUAUUCAACAUGACCACCUAUCCAUUGGUCACUGACGCGGAUGAUUUAUGCAGGAAACAAAUUAGUAGACUUUGGACUAAUUUUGCCAAGACAUUAAAUCCUACACCUGCGGGCGACGAACUCUUACAAAAUGUAAUCUGGAGCCCAGUAACCCCGGAUAAUAUACAGUAUUUGGAUAUAGACGAUACCUUGGAAGUGAAACCUAAUCGAAAAGUGAAAGAAUACGCUACUUGGAAUUACGUAUAUGAUACGUACGCCACUAAACCUAUAAUAACAUUUUGAAUACCCAUUCAUUCCCAAUUUAAAUGUUAUUGUUAAAUAUGAAUAAAGAGUUUGAG